CAGCCACGUCCUUGGCCAUCUUGGCGACCAACCGACACCUCGUAUUUAACCAUCACAUAUUCCCACACUUCACCUCACCUCUCCUCUUCAUUCCACUUCAGCCCUACCCUUCCCACGCAAAGAUCGAACAAUCAAGCCUAAAGAAAAAUACAAGAUGUCAAUCGCCCUCUUCCAUUUCGCAAAAGCAAUCGAAUCUACCGCCCAUCAUCUCGGUCUAGGAAAGUUCGAAGUAUCUGAACACUGGAAAUGCCCCAAAUGCCUGCACGACGACCCGGAACUCUGCACAAACUGCAAAGAAUCCUGGCUCCACGAGGUGUCCAAUAUAGAAUAUUCAGACGCCUUCGAACGCCGCCUUAACAUCACAGCUGGUAGUGCGGGCUGCGUAAUGGGGAUCACGGGAGCGCUGGCGAAUGCUAGUAUGGGUUUUUGGGAGGAGGGAGAUGUGAUGGAGCAGAUCACUGAGGUUGUCAAAGCCAGGCUCCCAGCACUUAUGUUGGUUUCCCCGGCUUGGAGGAUGAUCUAUAACUACGUCCUCAUCCUCCUCUUCGUUAUCUCGGUUUCCGCAAUCUUCGCAUCUGUUUCAGUAGCAACCUUCAUCAUGGCACUGAAUCCAGGAGCGAAGAGGCAUUGGAGACACAUGACUUUCGGAGUUUAUGUAGUUCUGCUUUCUGAGAUUUUGGCAUAUAUAUUCCUCUUCUGUUCUGGGGUAACGAUAGCAGAGAUGGCGUUUGCUUUCGGUCCCUUGGUUGUCGGGGCUGGAGCUUUGCUAUGUGUUGUGGCUAUGAGAAAGAGUGAGAUUAAGAAAGUUGAUGUAGAAAAGGGCUCGUAGGUUUGGGUAAGAAAUACAAUAGCCUUUACCG